GCCACUAUCAACCAACCCGCAGUUCUACUGGACCAAGCGUCUCAUCUCUUGAUUUGAGCGCAACUUCAUUGGGGAAGAACUGUGUAGAAUUUUGGUUGUUUUGGAGAAGAACAAGGUCAGGACGAGGUGUUGUUUUCGGUGGAGUCCUCAAUGUCAGGGGGGAGAGCAAUAGAGAGAAUUCUUCACCUGCAGGAGAGAUGUCCUCCAAUGGGCAGAAUAUUUGACUGACAUUGCAUCAGUUGAUCUGUCCAACGCCCAGUGUAUCCCUGCCCCUCUGGCCACACCCAUCCCUGUCAGCGAUAAGCCCAGUGGCCACACCCUGUGCUGACCUAUUUGAUAGCUCCAGUAUGGGCCUGCCCCCCCUGCCCUACUCUGUCCCCGUGUCGGAGCACAUGGAAUGCAGCGUGAUCCCCGACGAUCUGGACAGCCUGCUGGGGUAUGACUGCAUCUCCGAGAAAGUCAGCGAGUCACAGAGCCCAGUCCAUUGCGCUAUCCCUACCAACCUCCCCAACACAGCUGUGGGCCUGCACCCUCCAUACUCCUCCAGCCUCCUCGCCCCAGCUACCCCCUGCCUUCUUCAGCUUCACUGUCAGCCAGAUGUCCACCCUGGAGCCCUACCCUUCGCUGGGCUAGAGGGACCAGACCUCCACACAGGCGCUGGAUGCCCUGGGGGCCUUUUCCCAGGAGGCUGGGGACACAGAAGGCAAAGGAGGGUCUGGAAUUGGAGGGCUGGACUCCCUCUCUGAGUACACCUUGCCUGGGGGAAGAAUUUCUCACAGCUUCGUCCCUGGGAACUACAAACACAGCUCCCCUCACACACAGGUUCGCGGGAUAUGGACUACCAGUACCAGGCGGAAGCAUCUCACCGCUGUAAGAGGGACCUGCUGCUGUCUCGCUUCAAGGCCACCUGGAACAGGGUCAGGCCUCACCCCGCUAGGAACAACUUCCUGGGGGCCUUCGUGCUCUGCAAAGAGGUCCAGGAGCGCCGGGAAUGCCUAUAUGGUGAGAACUGCACAUUUGCCUACUGCCAGGAGGAAAUAGACCUGUGGACCCAGGAGAGGAAGGGGGCUCUGAGAAGGGAGCUGCUGUUUGACCCGCUGGGCAGCACCGUGAGACGGGCACUCAGCGUCACACGCCUGCUGCAGCUGCACAUGGGCAUGUUCAUGUUCCUCUGUGAGGAAUGUUUUGACAGUAAACAAAUGAUAGUCCCACUAAGCACAAACCAGAUGGGAUGGCGUAUCGCUGUGGUGGACAUCAUCAGCAAGCACAGCAAAGAGAACUUGGCUGUCUGCUCAAACCUCACUGCCCGGCAUCCCUUUGACGAUAACAAGUGCCUAGUGCAUGUGGUGCGUUCUGCCAACGUGCGCUACAGUAAGGUGCGCCCGCUGCACCCCCUCUGCCAGUUUGACAUGUGUCGCCACGAGGUGCAUUACAGCUGCCAGCGCGAGGACAGCUGCUCCUUCGCCCACUCCGUCAUAGAACUCGAAGUGCUGGGUGCUGCAGCAGGACACCGGUAUCACCCAUGAAGAGAUGGUACAGGCUAGCGCCAAAUGCUCAGAAACAGAAGAUGAGCAUGAGAUGGGCACGAUGCCCUUGUCUCCUAAUACAAUACAUCAUUUGGGUUAUUGUUUUAAGGGCUUGAUUUACAAAAUCUCUCUCACUCUUGCUCUCAGCCUAUGCACGUCCCACCAGAGCUUUAGUGGAGGGGUGGGGGGAAUAGGGGGAGGGGGAAACAACCUCAAGGGUGGAGGGGAUGGCAGGGGGUUAAACCUGAAGAUGAAGUUUGUCUGUGGCCAGUGCUGGAGGGAUGGACAGGUCCACGAACCAGACAAGGCCCUCAAGUACAGCACUGCUAAAGCAUGACACAGCUGGACUAAGGAGCGUUGGGUAUUGCUGGUGAAGUCUUUUGAGAAGAAGAAGUGGGUCGUUGUGCGGCCGCUUCCCUUCUCCCGUGCAUACCCACAGCACGAUGACGUAAUUCCCUCCCCCUUCUCUAUCCCUCCAUCACUCACUCUUUUCUCCCUUCCCCUCUCUCAUACACAGUCACACCCACAUAAGUAUGAACUGAGCCACCCCUCUACUAAUUUUCUCCAUCCCUCCCUCCCCUUGGGGUCUGUUUUAAUCUCUCCAAUCAGGCAAUCAUUUCCAGCAGACCUCUCACAUGCUGAAUACAGCUGAUGUUGUUUAUAGCUCUCCUCCUCUCGUCUUUACACCUAUAGGCAGCUUGGCCUUUGUUCCACAGUAGGUUAGCUAUCUGUCUUGCUACUACUUGUGAAGGAAAAGGCUUUCUGUAAAGAAGGGCCAGUAUGUCAGCAUCCGUUUCAAUUGUGUUUUGACAUCCGAUGAUAAGGAUUGUCAAAUAAAAUCACAGUAAAGUGCACAAUCAGGACAUGCAGUGCAGUAUUAAAGCAGUCUCCUAGAUGUGUGUCCAUGUGAUGAAGCAGAAGUGCCACUACAUCGGGAACUGUUCCUUCGCCCAGUCUGGAAGAGAGGGAUGUCUGGACGUACAUGAAGAACAACAGCUUGAGGGACAUGCAGCAGAUGUAUGACAUGUGGCUCAGGCUGACCAGUCAGAAUAGAAUCACUGACGCAAGCCUUAUGGCCCCGUCUCUGGAGGAGAAAUGGGUUUCCAUGACGACAGAUUACACUGAGUCAUUGUCUGGCCAACACAACUCUCAACGUCUAGGUGGCGGGAUGUCACACGCUGUGGGGGUGGAAUCAUCUCAAGGACUUCAUCAAACUGAUACCAGUGGAUGUCGUCUCGAUAGAGACCAGUGAAAUCUGCCCAAGAAGACCUGCAUUUCCCACACUGGAUUUCAUCCACAGGUUGUGGAUUUUCCUCAUUUGCUGGCUGUUCUUGAGCAGCCAGGACCUUCUGCCUGAAACUGAAGUGCUGUGUGUUAAAGCAUGCACAGUUUAGGUCCUUCUUUGUUGAACAAAGGCUGCUGACAUCACGAGACAUCAGCUCACCAAGAGCAAGGGUGAUGACCUGGUGGAUUCUCAUGGUGGAGGGCACCGCUUUUAUCGAGCUUGGCAUCAUCUCCAUCGCAUGUUCAACAUCUGUACUUUGUGGAGGAGUGGUCAAGUUCCUCAGUGCUCCUUUCCUGUCCUUGCUUCUUUUGUAUGCUGUUCUGUACUGUUUACGCUUCUGACGCUGGUGUCUCACUUAAAUCACUGAUAUUUUUAUUUUUCCCUGCUUCAACAUUUUCUUUUCCAUCUCUGACCCUUUCUCUCAAGGUAUUGUUCCCUUUUUCCUCGACACUGCCUUUCUCUUUCUGCUGCUGAUGUGGGUGCCAUCAUUCCCUAGAUGUUUAAAUGGAGAACGUUAAAUCAAAGAUUCUUAGAAUAUACAUGUCUACACUAUAAUCAGAGUAAUUUAUGAUCUAGAGUGACUUAAAGGAACAACUGAAGUUAAGAGCCUUGCCUAACUCUCCUACCACUAGGCUACCUGCCUUAUUAUAUAUUUUUUGCUCACAUGGAACACAUUACAGCAUGUUUCAUAAGUGAAUAUAAACAAUGUAUAAUAUAUUGAUUAAUUCAUUAAUUUAGAUGCUGUAAGUAACUCAACCCUGGUUUACAGCCCCGUUACAAUGAAAAGUGAUGGUUUUUGGCUCAAAAUGGCCUCUGCUCCUCAUGUGAAGGACAAGAGACCACAUGGUGUGCAUGAAAUUAAUAGAUUGUAUAUUUUUAUGGGUUAAAGUCUAAUUUUGAUAGGUACUAGUUUUCCAUGUUUAUUUAAUGUAAUGGGGUUGAGUUGUUCAGGUCGACGAUCCCCACCUGACUUUAAAAAACAAAAAAUACAGAUAUAAAAGGUGAUUACUUGCCUGUUUCUGUACCAUGCAGUUGAAAAUUGUUCAAUGAUGUCAGUUCCUGUUAAUGAUGGCACAUAAGGGUGGACUGACCUUUUUUUUUUUUUAUAGGCAGAGUUUGGUUGGCAUGACGGGGUUGAGUGUAGACUGACGGACAGAGCUAAAUUGUGUGAUUUUAAUCAAUAAUCAUGCAUUUAUUUGAUAAAUACUUUUUCAACAAAAGAACACAAAUAUAUAUGUUUGCAUUAAUGGCAAAAGUGAUUAAUUAUGUGCACAUUUUAAUAUUAAUUUCCCAAGUAAACAUUCUGUGAAACGCCUGGGGUACAUGGCACAGUUCUUAGUCAGUUAAAAAAUAAGAUUUUUUAAAUAAUAAAGUUAAAAUGAAUGCUAUAUUUAUUUAAAUUCAUUAUACUGGACAUUUCAAUUUAUAUACAAAAUCUUUUAACAUUUUUAUUUUGGUGACCCAAUACUUGAAAUAUAAUAUAAAAAGUUAGAGGCAAUAUUACCCGAGGCCAAGAAUUUCCCAUAUAAACUAAGCAAAAAAAAAAGAAACGUCCUCUCACUGUCAACUGCGU